AUGAGUUGGGCUAGAUCUUUAACACCAUUUCAGUUUAAUGCCAAAGUACAAAGUACUCAAAGUGUUGAAUCAUUUAAUGCUAUUAUAAAAAAAGCUUUAAAUAGUGCGAGUACACUUUGUGAUAUUAAACAAACAAUUAAUAAAAGACACGACGAUGAAUCUCAGUACUGUAAACUAACUGAUCUUAAAGACCAACAUAUAACUAUUGCCAAAGCUGCUAUUAAUAUCGCUUUGGAAGUUAAUAAAGAUGCUGAAUUAAAGAAAUACGAUGAUGAUACAGAAGCUAAAAAUGCCACUAGUAUAGAAGAUAACAAUUCUAUACAAAAUACUAGUGAAAUAAUUCUAUUGCAAGAACAUUUACUUAAUCAAGUAACUAGUCCAAAUGUUACUAAAAUUCGCAGUGCUCCUUAUAAAAAAAGAGUUAAAGGUGUUAUGAAAAUAUCAAAAGGCAAAAAAGUAGUAAAUGAAACUACAAAUAUUAUUCAAGCUACAAAUAUUAACUAUGAAAAAGUAAUCUCAAAACAGCAACGCAAAUGCUUAUUAUACAAAAAUUCUG